ACGCCGCAAGAAUAUAUGCUAUCGGUUGAAUAUUUUCGUCAGUGGCAUAUUCAACGAUGGGUGCGAAUCCGUCUCAUCCGGAACUUACUGAAGAUGUUUUGGAUGAAUAUUCUGCCUUGACAUAUUUGAGGAAAGAAGAGAUAUUAUAUUUAAUGGAUAAGUUCCAAUCGAUCGAUGUACAAAAAGUGCAAGCUGAUUAUCAUCAUAGGUUCAAUUCAAAAGAAAUAAUCAAUAAAUUCGAUGUUUUAAAGAACAAUCCGUUCGUAGACCGAAUAUUCCAUGUUUUCUCGUCGAAGAAGGACGACUGUUUUUCUUUUGAGGAUUUACUCGAUUUAUAUUCCGUUAUGAGUCCCGAAUGUCCACCUGAGGUGAAAGCAAUUUGGGCUUUCCAUUUAUUCGAUCUAGAUGAUGAUAAUGAAAUUACUUAUCGGGAUGUCAUGGAAAUAAUAGACCGAUUGACUAACGGUUUCCAGAAUCCUAAUAAUUUCAUCGGCAAAGAUUUCAAGAAAAUAAUCUUUGAAAAUAUUUUAAAGGAAGUAAAAUUAGACAACAGCAAUAGCAUCGGCCUACAUGAAAUGGUAUUAAUAUUGUCGAGAUUGCCAGAAUUUAAAUCGACUUUUUAUUUCAGAUUGUGAUAACAUUUAUAACAUGGUAGGCAUCAACACUUGUUGGUGUUAUGCAAUGUUAUGUUACAAUUAUGUUAAUUUAAAUACAUUAAAAAUAUAUAAUAUGCAUUAAAAAAGUUUUGUGAAGCAUUAUGAAUUCAGUAUUCAGUACGUUAUAAUAAAAUACUUACCUAUCAUU